AUGAAUGGAUAUACCACUAAUGAAGUAAUCGGGGUGUUGGAGAAUAUACUAAAUACCCCAUAUGAUUCGAGGUACUGGCAAGAUACGUGGAGUGUAAAGGUCCAAGGAGAUGAACAUACGAUAAGUAUUGAUAACAGUUAUAGCUAUCAAGACUUGAAAGAUAAACUUUUUGUGGUCAAGUCGACUGGGAUCGUUGAGAUGGACAUGGAGUUACUAAAACAACUCAUUGCAACGCCAUUUUAUUACCGGUACAACCCUUUCAUACAGAAAUUCAAUGUGUUGCGAAGUGAUAAAUUUGAAUCGCUCUUAGAAAUCGAGAUGAACAUCUUUACUGCAAACAAGGUUGCAUUCUGUGUGCACAGAAAAGAGAUUCACCGCGGUAAUAAACACUUUAACAUCAUGAUGAGUGUUAUGGACGAGCACUCGAGUAUCGUCCCAUUCAGAGAUUCUCAUUAUCUCUUCAGUAGUUAUAUAUUUGAGCAACUGUCAUCCACACACGUCCGAGCAACUUAUAUUGCUAAAAUAGCGCCAGUCCCUUUUUGUCAUGAAACUGACGAACGACUUGGCUUAAGAAGACACAUCACGAUGAUUAAUAGAUUCUUCAAAACCCUCACCGACUUGCCUACCAAUUUGAGUGACAUCCCGCCAUAUGUUGUUGUUGAACGAAAUGGCUUUGAGAAGGUGUUAAACCCAUACAUCACACACGACAAUGUUAUACUGAAAGAAGACAAUUACACGGUGUGUGAGGUGUCCAGGUUCAAAAAUGACUUCAACUUUGUGUGUUGUGGGAAGUUCAAGAAGAGAGUCAAGUUGAGUCUUACGAUGGACACUGUCGUUGACUUGGUCUUCCAAGACAGAUGUAAAGUACUUGAGUCGAAAAACAACUGUUUGUUACUUCAAAAAGGUGCAAGUACACAAUAUGAUGCGAAUCCAGACCAUAUCUUGUUCUCUUCUUUUAACUACUCCAAUGAACUGGCUCUGUUCCACUUCCACUCGAAAAGGUACUGCGUCGACGAAAAGAAGAGUUCUAAAGUGUUUUUCUUUAACGACGUCUACCUCAUGUUUAUGAGAGACGUCGAUGGCAUGUGGGAGGUCCAAUUCUCGUUUGACGCGACUGAAAAGACGGGAGUACUCUCUGUUGAUGUCAUUCGGAUAUUCAUGACUAAUUUUGAACACAGACUCGACGACAAAACACAGUCGAUCGACUCAUCUAAUAGUCCAACAGUACACUUUGCUUAUGACCCUUCUUACUAUAUGAACUCCAGCACGUUUGCAGACUUAUAUCGAGCAACUUUUCAGAGGAUUUGCUCCUAUUUGAGUUACACUGAUCUGAAGAAUCUGUCGUGUUCGUCAAAACAAGUCAGAGCUUUGGUGUUGUCAGUGAUGUCGUCCGAAGAGACGCAAAGUCUGAACUCAAACACAAGUCAGUCUUCCGAAGAGAGCGGGCAUAGUGAAACGAAAGCAUCGCCAUUACUCCCAUCCAUCGCUCAGUUAGUGAAAUCAAACACAUUGAGUUCCCCAAAUAGUCCUGGUUUGUCGAACACUAUGUCUUCAUUCUCUCCGACGUUUUCGAGCUUUAAUAAUGGGUUUCAACCCUCUUUCCAACAGAGUGUCAAAGAGUCGAGUGGGAGUGUCCAACUCCCCUCAGUCUUUUCAGAAUUGCCAAGUAAAAGUGUACCUCUUGUGCCACAGAGUAUUCAGAGAUUAUCAACACUAACGGGCUGUUCUUCUUACUCGCUGCAGAGCGAAUGUGAAGUACAGAAUUCGGGAUUUAGGGUUUUGGAAGGACACACUAAUGUCAUUCGGUCAAUUGAUUUCUCACCCGACAACUCAGUGAUGGUGAGCGGGUCAUCUGAUAGAAAGAUACGCACGUGGGAUUUAAAUACUUUUCCGAUAAGUGGAAGAGUGCUGAUAGGGCCGAAUAGUAGUGUUGUGAAUACCGUCUUUAUGUCCCAAGACACUAUCUGUGUUGGGUACAAGUGCGGUACAAUUAAGUACAUCAACAGCGACAACCAGAAGACUAUAGUGUUUGACUCGGCAUCAGGGAGACUCGAGGGUUUCUUCCCACUCAAAGGGAUGGACUUUGUUGCUUGGAACGACAACGUCCAAAUCAUCAAUUACAACAACUUCAAACAAAAAGUGAUCUUCACGUACCCACAACACUCGAAGAAAGUCACUGUAGUCAAACAGUUCAAACAAAAUGAGUUUAUCUCCGGCAGUGCCGACAGAACAGUCCACAUCUGGGAAACCCAAAGUGAACACUCGAAAAUCUCUGAAAUCAAACCACACAAGAGCGGAGUCGCAGUGAUCGACGUCAUCGACCAAAACAGGUUCUGCACUGUUGGAAGCGAGAAAGUGCUUUCAGUGUGGGACGACCGAAUGCUGAAGAUCCCCGUUGUCUCCAUCGACAAUCGUGUAGAUGUUGUAUGUGUUAAAAAUGGUGUUUUAGCGUGCGGAUGCGAUGAUAAUACAAUCAAGUUCUAUGAAACCAAAGAAAUGAAGGAGAUCACAAGUGUUCUGUGUAACACGGGAGACACGACGUUCUCUGCACUUAACAUGAAAGGAAAGGUAGUAGUUGGUGGAGGAAGGAAUGGGAACUUAUUUAUCGGGAAGUGUGACUUUUUGUGUGAUAAUUAA